AUUUGACAUUGCCCUUGACAAGAGACGUCAGCUCAGUCAGGACCUGUCAGAAAAUUACAGCUCCAGUCAUGUACACCUCAAGACUGAGCAGGAGGGGUUUGGGCCAGCUGGCUGGUGUUCUCCAGAGGUUUCAGAGCACCCUGGUGGUGGCAGAGCACAAUAAUGAAAAGCUGACACCUAUCACGCUGAAUGCUAUCACUGCUGCCAGCAAGGUGGGAGGAGACAUUUCCUGCCUGAUCGCUGGCACCAACUGUACAAAGGUGGCUGAAGAGGUCAGUAAGGUCAAAGGGGUCAAAAAGAUACUAGUGGCUCAGCAUGACUCAUAUAAAGGCCUUCUACCAGAGGAAUUAACUCCACUGAUUCUGGCUACUCAGAGUCAGUUUAACUUCACACACAUCUGUGCAGGAGCCUCUGCUUUUGGAAAGAAUCUCCUUCCUAGAGUGUCUGCCAAACUGGACGUGGCUACAAUUUCAGACAUCGUUGAGGUCAAAUCCCAAGACACCUUCGUCAGGACCAUUUAUGCUGGAAAUGCCUUGUGCACGGUGAAGUGCAAUGAGAAGGUCAAGGUGUUCAGUGUGAGGGGGACAGCGUUCGAAGCGGCACCGAUGGAAGGAGGAAGUGCUGCUACUGAACAGGUCUCCCCACCUUCUCCAUUGGGGCUUUCGCAGUGGCUGGAGCAGAGCCUCACCAAGAGCGACAGACCAGAGCUCACCAGCGCUAAAGUGGUGGUGUCUGGAGGACGAGGAUUGAAGAGCGGCGAGAACUUCAAGCUGCUGUACGACCUGGCUGAUAAACUGAAUGCUGCAGUGGGGGCUUCCAGAGCUGCUGUAGACGCCGGCUUUGUCCCCAAUGACAUGCAGGUUGGCCAGACUGGGAAGAUUGUUGCGCCUGAGCUCUACAUUGCCGUUGGCAUCUCAGGAGCAAUUCAGCAUCUGGCUGGGAUGAAGGACAGUAAGACCAUUGUUGCCAUUAACAAGGAUCCAGAGGCACCCAUCUUCCAAGUGGCUGACUACGGUUUGGUGGCUGAUCUUUUCAAUGCUGUUCCAGAGAUGACUGAAGCAUUGAAGAAGUGACCGCUGGUAGUCAAGGUCAAUUUCACAAAUUUUCACAAAUCCAAACAUUAAACUGUAACUGCUUAUCGUCUGCAAGCAAGCCACCCAAGAAGAGAAUACUGCUUUACGAUGUUGUUUGUGAUCUGUGCUGGUGCAUUUGAAAU